AUGGCUUCCAAGACCGCCGCUUCCCGGCCUGACCUCAAGGCUACAGGUCAUCCCAAUCAAACGCUGUACUGCACCAACCUUCCUGACAAGAUCAAUAAGCAUGACCUUCGCACCUCGCUUUAUUCCCUGUUCGCCACAUAUGGGACGGUCCUCGACGUCGUGGCCAUGAAGACGAACAAGAUGCGUGGUCAGGCUCAUAUUGUCUUCAAGGAUAUUCAAGCCAGCACACAAGCAAUGCGUGCUCUACAAGGUUUCAAUUUCUUUGGAAAGGAAAUGAAAAUCGUCUAUGCCAAGGGCUCCUCCGACAUUCUGGCCAAGCUACGGGGCACAUACAACCCCCCGGCUCUCGGGGCUGCACCCACCGGCGCCUCGACUGAUCUCCAAAAGUCAAUCUUCAAUGGCCCUCCGGGUGCGAUUCCCUCUCGACCUGCAGCGGAGACGAACGGAGAGGCUCACGGCACCAAGCGGCCUCGCGAGGAUGAGAGCGAUGAAGGGGAGGCGCCCAUGGAAGAGGACAGUGACGUGUCUAUGGACGCAUCUUCCGACGAAGAUUAA